AUGUCACCGUCGCCCCCGCCCCAGCCGCGACACCGCUCACGAUCAGGAUCGGGAGGACGGCAGACACCGCAGGAUUUCGAGGCCGAGAACGUUGUCGAGGCCGACACUGAUGACGGCGCGUCGUCGCGGGCGGGGGACGAGGUCUGGGAUGAGGGGUUCGACGGCAGCAGCAUCGGCAACCACUCGGCCUCGACGUCGCUGUCCAACAGCGUGCGCGACUACGUCUUUGAGAACACGCGGCGGUAUCACAAGUACAUGGAGGGCCGGUAUUUGAUGCCCAAUGACGAGCCGGAGCAGGAGCGCGAGGAUAUGAAGCAUGCUAUGUGCGUGAAUGUCAUGGAUGGGAGGCUUCAUUGCGCGCCGUUGGAGAACCCGCAAAAGAUUAUCGAUAUUGGUACGGGGACGGGAAUCUGGGCCGUUGAUAUGGGCGACGAGUACCCAGAAGCAGAUAUAUCCGGCAUCGACCUGAGCCCAAUCCAACCAACCUGGGUACCCCCCAACGUCCGCUUCGUCGUCGACGACGCAGAGGCAGACUGGGUCUGGCCGCCAUCCUCCCUCGACUUCGUGCACGCGCGGCACAUGUGCAUGGCAGUCAAGAACUGGCCGCGCAUGCUCUCCCAAGCCUUCACCGCGCUGAAGCCCGGCGGCUGGAUCGAGCUGCAGGAGCUGCGGUUCGUCCUGCAGUGCGACGACGAGACGGUGCCCGGCGCCGAGGAAUAUGGUUACGGCAAGUUUGUGGACCUCUGCAUGUCCGGGUUUCGGAGCUUCGGCAUCAACCCGCUAGCGAUGGAGAGGAACUCGGAGAUGCUCCGCGAGAGCGGGUUCGGAAAUGUUGUGGAAAAGGUGUGGAAGGUGCCCAUUGGGACGUGGCCAAGAGACCAGAAGCUCAAGACGAUAGGGCUGUAUAACCGCAGUAUGCUCAUUGAUGCGCUACAGGCUGUGAGUAUGGCGCCGUUGACGAGGGGGCUCAAGUGGAGUGCUUCCGAGGUGGAGGUGUUCUUGAUUGAUGUGCGAAAGAGUUUGAUGAAUGUGUCGAUACACUCGUAUCUGACGUUUCAUGUCGUGUAUGGGCAGAAGCCUUAUGAUAGCUAG